UAAAAUUUUCUUCCUAUAUGCAAAAGCUCUUUGAAUAUUCUAAAAGGUCAAAGUUUGAAUGCAUCUGUACACCCCCGUUCAACUACUAAAACCGAAAACCCGUGUGUGUAUUAUUUUAGAACGCCUACAUCUCAAUAUUCCGGAUUUAGAAUAUCCCAUGCCUCAAUUUUUAAUUAUUCAUACUUGAUUCUACAUGAAUUUUAAUAAAAUGCAGGUCCUUCUGACUUUUUUUUCUGGUUCAACAAUAAAAAAAUUCUUUAUAUAUAGAACCCCUUAUCGCCCAUGGUGCUCUGGAAAUACGACUUGUUAUGUAUACGGAAUAAGUUCCACUGGCUCUCCUUAAACAUUGUACAGUCACUGUGAGCCCCUGAAAAAAUUUUAUCAAAAUAGAAAUAUAGUGUUAAAAUCUUUUAAGUAGCAAUGGAAGUUCCUAAAGUGCACCAUUCAAAGACUAAAUCACGACGGUCUAGGCAUAAAAGUCCAACACCUGAGCACUAUCAAAAUGGUGAAGCCUCCGCCAGAGAAAAAUCUGAGGCAAAUGGGGAGACAGGUGAGGGUGAGGUGAAAAGGCCAGAUGAGACUGGUAGCAGGAAGGCAGAGAGUGAGACAGGUGAGGAGUCAACCAAUAGGACAUCCGACCAUAUCCAGAAGGGCAUUUUGGGGUACAUUGAUCGACAGAUAGUGACACAACAGAGAAAAAAUCAAUCACUCAGCGAUCCCCAGGGUAGUCCUGCUCAGCGGAGUGUCCGCAGCAGGAGUAGCAUGGAGAGGAGUCCGAGGAUGAAGAGAAGCAAGUCUGAGUCGAGGAGACGAAAAGAACGGAAGCUCAUUGCAGCCGGAGAAAUGGAAGUUAGACAAGCCAAUGAGACUCUUAUGAAGUACCUCAAACAGUGCUCAGAUGUCAAUGAUGCCUCCCUUUCGGGGGAUUUAGAGAUUGAUAAAAAUGCUGAUGUACAUAGGCAUGUACUGAGGAAAUCCAGAUCGCAAAAAAUGACUGGACCAAGCUUCCGAUCUGUGCCAGGACUUCCGGGUAACUGUCCUGCCCGAUACCAUCAUACUCUGAACGAUAUAACAGCUGUUCUGGACGACCUAGGCAACGAUGUCAUUCGCCAGAGGAAUACCAGUGACAUUUACAAUCCCUUCACUCCCGUCGUCUCACCCACAGAUGGUCCUCCCACCAGAAUCGACAAAAUGUUCAUCCAGACUGCGAGUGGCUACCGUUCUGUAGACACAAAUUUCUACAAGACUUCCCUGGAUGGUGAUCCAGAAGCUAAUAACUGGACAUCCGUGACCAACAGCCUGUAUCUAGCAUGUGCUCUGCAGCACUUCUGGCAUCUCCUCAGCAAUAUCUGCCAUGGCCUCUUGGGUGGCCUGGCGAUGGGCCAUCUCAUCUUCGUCUUCAGCACUGCACCAAAUGACUGGAGCAAGGACACGCUAGCUCACUAUGAGACAUUUGCAGAGGUCUUCUUCAGCAUCUUCUACUUCUUGGCAAUACUCUGCAUUGUGUCGGUAUUUGAUCGAAUGGAUCUUGCCCAAAUCAGUCUCUCCAAUGCAUCCAAGACCAUCUCUUUUCGCUGGAUGGUUGUCAUACUUCCCAUCUAUCUCGUUACGGUCAUCUUGAGCCUCUCUGCAGACUCUUUCAGUGACAAAGUCUACUUCAUCAACUACAAUCUCACGAUGAUUGAAGUCAAUAAUGCAGAGAACAAAGUCAUCAGCAUCUGGAAUACGCUUUCAGUGGCUAGAAGUGUUGGUGCAAUAGUCGGAUGGAUCUUAGUUGCUUUAUCUCCGGUUGAUUUGCUCUACAAUCGCUUAGCUGAAAUGGAAAAAUAUUUAAUAAAUUAAGUGCUAUACAAACGUUUUUUUUUUCAAUAGGUAACCCAAAGAAAUAGAUGUGAAGUCAGCAAAAAUAACUACGCAUGUUAUUUUAUAGAAAAGCACAGAAUUUAAUUUAAGCGUGACAAUAUAGGAUGAUAUCCACAGGAAAACAUAUUAAUCUCUGAACCUAAAAUGAAUUUAUUAGGAUUUAAUUUUCAGAAAAUAUAUAAAAUAGUUUUUGAAAAAUAUACAUAAAGAGUAUUGCAAUCUAAUGAAAAUUGUAAACACUUUCACAUAAAUUUUUAUUCAGUUGAGAAAUUCACAAAAGAUAAUUCCAAAACCCAUCUCAAGGUUUUCUUUACAAAAAAAAGUAACAUUUUUUUUUCAAAAGUGUGAAAAUUUAGGCGAAAAUGAAUGCUGGAAAACUAAUGUACAGUAGAAAAACAAAAUACAAACAAUGCUUAAAGCUAUGUAACAAAUGCUAAUAUAUGCACAUGUAUAUCUUGUAAAUAUAUACUACUUCUGAAUCAUUAA